AAAAAACUAGACUGGACUACUUUUUGUACACAAUCCAAUGUUUUCCUCCUUUGAUAAUUCUCUGUGAAAGCGAGUAACCGUGCGAAUAAAGCAAUGUCUUUCUCUAGCGUUCCAUUGCCUUCUUAUUAUUAACAUUAAUGAAAGAUGCUAACCGAAUGCCGGUAACCAAAGACAAUUGAAAUGAACGCAUCCAUGCUUCUUGGUUCGUCCAACCGCGUUGAUGUUACCAUGUUGCCAAUAUGAAAGCAAGACAUCGCGAAGAGCUAAACUUUUAAUGAGAGUUCCAUUUAUUUGUGGAUGCGAUUACAAUAUGAAAGUGUGAAAGAGUGGGCAGACUGUUAAUGUUAGAAGAUCAUUUAUGUGGUAACAUGAAAUAGAAUUUUCUUGCCAUAUAAAAUUUAAUAAAUUUAAUAAACCUUCGGAAGUUGCAUAGGUAUACAUAUACAGCUAGACGUUAGAGAGUAAGGGGAAACCCAGAAUAAUUGAGGAAAAAUAGUGAACGCAAUAAUUGGCGUCUGAUAUCGAUGUACCAUUACUUAUUGUGAAUCCGGAUGAUAAACAUGGAGAAGUAUAAGCAAUUGCGCGAAAGCUUUCUGAAAAUUUCAGAACUUCACAUAGACAAUAUUACAUUAAAUGAAUUAAAAUUGAAGUACAAGUAUUGUAUUAACUCGAACCGUACGAUGGGUUAUAUAAAGGAUCUGGAAUUUCUGAUUAGAGUACUUGAAAAACGUACUAUACUGCGUUAUAACAAUAUCGAACCUCUUAAGUACAUUUCAACGCAAUAUGUAAAAGAUCCUGCUUUGGAUUUGAUUUUGAGCAAAUAUGAUACUGAAAUUAAGACUAUGGAGUAUUCACCAUUUUAUAAAAGUUGCAGUCAACAAAGUGGUAAGAAUCUUUUGUCUAGAACACCAUCUCAAAAUAGUAUCUCACAUACGAAUGCUUCUAAUUAUUAUAUGGAAAACAAUGAAAAUCCUGUAUUAAAACCUUUAUUGUCUAAUCCAUGUUACCACACAAUGCUCAUGAACGAAAAUAUGUCUGUCCAUAUCAAGUUCCAAAGAGCAAUUACGCAUUUAAAAUCGAUCAAUAUACUCUACUACGUUGGUUUACUGUUGAUUAUUAUUAUUAUUAUUAUACUAUUCUUUCUUGUCAUUUAUAUUAAAGAUUCAUCUCCUAUUCCAUCUAUGCAAAUAACAAAUUUCGACAGUGUUAGAUAUAUGCCAAAUAUAACAUAUGUAUCAGUAACAAUGGUAGAAUCAAGAUUACCACAAAGCACAGCAUUACCAACAUAUGACCCUGUGGAAUUGCAAACACAGUAUGAUCCAGUUCCAAUAACAGGAUCUUCCUUUAAUAAGAAAGAACAGAUACAGAGAAAAGUAUUUCUGCGUAUUAGUGAAGAAUUAGGUCGUUUUUGGAGAGAUUUGGCAAGACAUUUGAACAUUAGAGAGUCUGAAAUUGAUGCUAUAGAAAGUCAAACAAAUCUAGAUCUCAAAAACAAAGCUUAUGAGGCACUAAAAAUUUUCGCAUCUCGAAGUGAUGACGACAGUUGGAAAUCUGAUUUGCUCCGCGCGUUAGACAAUUCAAGGCGCAAGGAUAUCAGAGAAAUGGUGGAAAAACAUUUACUGUUUCAAGACAAAUAAUUCUUUAUUAUAGUAAAUAUGAAUAAAUAGAAUGUGAUACAUAAAAUGAGCCAAACAUCUAUAGAUGAACUGAGGUUCAGUCAUCAGCCUUUUGAUAUAAUAGACAAUACAAUUAUUAUCAGUA